AUGUUGCGCCCCUCCGCUUUGUUCGUGCUGCUAUGCAUGGUACAAUUAGCAAUAUGCACUGAGGAUUUUUACAAACUCCUUGGAAUAGACAAACAAGCUUCAGAACGGGACAUCAAACGAGCUUACAAAACUUUAAGCAAAAAGCACCAUCCAGACAAGAACCCAGGCAAUGACACCGCCAAACAAAAGUUUGUCGAAGUAGCUGAAGCGUACGAAGCCCUCUCCGACCCUGAAUCCCGCAAAAUAUACGACCAAUAUGGCCAUGAAGGCCUAAAACAACGGCAACAAGGCGGAGGAGGCGGACACCACGACCCCUUUGACGUGUUCUCCCGUUUCUUUGGCGGCGGGGGCCACUUCGGCCACCAACCAGGCGUUCGUCGUGGACCAGACAUGGAAGUCCGAGUCGGAGUCCCGUUACGAGAUUUUUACAACGGGCACACCACGGAAUUUCAGUUGGAGAAACAGGCGGUUUGUGAGGAGUGCGAGGGGAGCGGGAGUGCAGAUGGACAGGUCGAUACAUGUUCCAGCUGUGGUGGGCAUGGUAGGAAGAUCCAGAAACAUAUGUUAGCACCGGGAAUAUUCCAACAGGUGCAGGUAACAUGUGAGGUAUGCGAAGGACGGGGGAAGACUAUUCCGCAUAAAUGCCCAGUGUGUGACGGAUCACGGGUAGUCCGAAAACUCCACACCUUCCCGUUAAAUAUCGAGAGAGGUGCUCCGAAGGGUAAAAGGAUUCAAUACGAGAAUGAUGCCGAUGAGAGCCCGGACUAUGUUGCGGGUGACUUGCUGGUUACGCUCGUGGAGAAGGACCCCGAUUUGGAUGAGGAUAACGAGAUGCGAGUCGAUGGAACAUUUUUCCGUCGCCGGGACGACGAGUUACAUUGGAAGGAAACCCUUUCUCUUAGAGAGGCUUGGAUGGGUGGCUGGACUCGCAACCUCACUCACUUAGACGGGCAUGUUGUGGCGCUUAGUCGGCCUAGAGGGAAGGCUAUCCAACCUGGACAAGUGGAAAGAGUGGUUGGCGAGGGAAUGCCGAAGUGGCAUGAAGAUGGCGAUAGCGUCUAUCAUAAAACGGAGUUUGGCGAUUUAUUGGUGGAGUACACGGUCGUGUUACCGGAUCAGAUGGAGAAGGGCAUGGAGAAGGAUUUCUGGGCGUUGUGGGAGAAGUGGAGGAAGAAAAAUGGCGUUGAUUUGCUGAAGGAUAGCGGGCGGCCUGAGGGUCCGGCCAAAGACCCCAAUAUCAAGGAUGAGCUGUGA